AUGUCUAAUUAUAAAAGCUUUUUACCUGAUUUAUUUUUGUAAAGUGUCAAUCAAUACGUCACUCAAAGUGUUCAAAACACAAUUGCCUUUUACAUUAAUUUUUUCAUUCAUUAUGAAGGCAUUGGCAUCUCACACGCCCCGCACCUCGCUGCUUCUACUGCUUUUAAUACUACUCACACCCAUACUGUUUUCCCUCGGUUUGACUAGAUUAAACUUUGAUGCACAUUUGUCAAUUAAUAAACUCAUUUGUCAAUUAAUAAACUUUAUCACAUUAUGCGGAACUAGUUGAACGGGCGGAACGUUUCCCCGUUGAAGAGGGUUCUCUUUUAAGUGUAACAACGGUUGUGGUGUUACACGAUUACAGUCUCGGCAUUAGUUCUGUACAUGUUGAGUUAUGGAAGGCAGACACAGUCGGGGACGCGGUGGGCAUUGGAAAAGAGGAGGUGGAGGUGGAAGUGGAGGUGAUGCUGAGGCCGGCAGUUCGGGAGAGCACCGAGGUCGCGGAAGAGGAGGCCAGUAUCAUCGUGGAAGAGGAAAACGGGAUCAUCGUAGAGGAAGAGGGCGAGCGUUUGGACCUCCUGCUGAUUUUAGACGAGUCGCUUUCCAGAAUCAAGAUGACAGUGACGACAAAGAAAACUUUGAGCAAGCGGAGGAGGACAACACCUUCUCUAGACGAAAGCUUGAGUCCAAUUGGAACCGUUAUGAGGAAUCCGAGAAAGAAGAAAUGAAUGAAGAUGUUCCCGCACAGAGAGGCACAGAGUAUCAUGUCCUCCUCAGUUCGGCUGGGGACUCAUUUACACAGUUCAGAUUCUCUGAUGAGAAGGACUGGGAAAUGGACUCCCUAGCAAAAAAUCAGAUUCCAGCUCUGUUUAUAGACCUGCCGGCUUUAACUCAGACACUUCAAGAGCUUCCACUGCACACAAGACUGAACCUGGAGGCUGAGCUUGUGCAGGUGACGACUCCAAUUGAACUUCCGUCUGUGACAGCGCCUCACAGGACUGACUCGACUCUAACAGCUGGAUUGAAAGCUCCUCAGACAGGUGUAAAACCUGUUCCAGGUACCACAGCAUCUCCCAGCGUCUCCACAGCUGUCCCUCCAGCCACAGAUGAUGCUGACCAGGAGCUCGACCUUCUCCUCAACUUGCAGAAACCCAUCACAGAAAUUGCUUCAGUCGAAUCCCAUGAUGCAACAGACCAUGUAUUAAACGGCUCAACACAAGGUCCAGGAGAAGAGAGAAAAGAUCAAAUGGUUGAUAUGAAAGAGACGAAGCCAGAAGUGGAAAGUGAAGCUAAACCUACGAGACAGGAAGUGACAGAAGAGGAUCUGGAGGACUGGUUGGACAGCAUGAUCUCCUGAUCCCAGAGAAACUGACUGACACUGCUGUGGAUUAAAUCAGCACACGCAGCUUUGCUAAUGCUGACAUAGCAUUACUUGUGUGCGGACGUGAACAUCACACCGCGACACUUCAUUAAGUCUUUUGAUAGCCAAGACUAAUUCAGUCAUGUGGAAUAUGAAACGCUUCAUCAAUGUAUUACUCAUAAAAGUGAUGUAAUGCUGUGCAACAGUUUACAGACCCAUCAUAUUCUCACCCAUCACUCGACGCUGAUUAAAAGCAGCUAUGACCAGCUUGGAUUUAUUGCAUUAGCUACUUUAUUUUCAUUCCCCCUGCUCAAAACAAAUGCAAAUCACCAAAGCUACUACCUACAUACAUACAAAUGGCCAUACAAUAGCAGUUUAGUGUAUUAACUUCUGUUUAAUAAACAGUAAAUGUUUUUGUCCUCGAAUGUAGAUUCCUAUUGUUUUGCAAUCGUACUUCGUCAAUGAUCAGGCAGACAAGAUUUCAGUUAUUUAACCUUGACCAAACAUUAAAAAAGCAGUGUAAUCUUUGCUCAUGAACAAACGUCAACUAAAGCUACAAAAC